AUCAAAAACUACAAUUUUGUCUUUUUACAAAAAUUAACCUCUCCUCAUUUCUUCCUCAUUUUUGCAAGUGCAACUUCCCACCUAGUGCCGCCUCCGGCAGCUGGUUUUCCGAUUUCCAGCGCCGCAUGAGCAAUCUUACGGAACACCGUCUAUCCUUCGCACACGAUCUUAAUCGUCCAUCUUGCGCGAUCUCGUCGCCGAUCGUGCACGAUUGUCGUUGUCUCUCGCUUCUCUGGCACAGUCUCGUCGUUGCUCGGGCCGUCCGUCAGCUUUGCUGGUCUCAACGCCAUUGAACCGGUCGUCUUAUAACUUGCUCAGCUCUUCUCUCUCUUUAGGCUAUGAAUUUUGUCAAGGAGAGCUGUGCUGUUUUGUUGGAUAAAAUGUUUGGCAUAUCCGCUAAUGUUAUCAGGACAAAGAAAACAUCUUCCGAGAACAGUAGUUCACUGGAAGAUGCGCUUUUUUCUGCGAAUAUUGAUGUCGAGGAAGGUUAUACUCACCAUGGAAAUACUCAGAGCUGGUGGAAUACAUUGACAUUCAAAUCUAUUGGUUCUGCUAUGCAACAUGGCGUGACAAAGCAGCUUGAUUUUGAAGAUUUGCUUUCCUUACCCACUGAAAUGGAUCCUUCUUCUUGUCAUGAUAGACUGUUAAGCUCCUGGGAAGCUCAGCAGAGUGAUUUCUGUAAAAGUCCAUCUUUUCUCAAGGCAAUUUUUCAUGCAUAUGGGUGGCCAUACUUUUGUCUUGGUAUAUUAAAGGUGUUUAAUGACUGCAUUGGCUUUUGUGGACCGUUGCUUCUCAAUAAACUCAUUAGAUUUCUCGAACAAGGUUCUGGGAAUUGGAUUGGCUUUAUACUUGCAAUCUCCCUGGGCCUCACCUCCAUCCUCAAAUCUUUUCUUGAUACGCAAUAUUCUUUUCAUCUUUCAAAGCUGAAGCUAAAGCUACGAUCCAGUAUCAUGACCGUUAUCUAUCAGAAGCUUGCCUUUACAAAUUGGAGUGGCGUUGUACCUUUUGUAUACACAAGUCCAAUUUGCUUUUGUUUGUGGACUCACUAUAACCAUUUUACUGAUACCAGGUAUUUGUUUGCUUAUGGACUUAAUUCGUCAAUGGCAAUAUCCUCAGCCGAUAUAGUGGUGAUAAUGGAAAAGGGCCAAGUUAAGUGGUCAGGAAGUCCAGCAGACUUGACAGACUACGUAUAUCUGGCAUUCUCUUCGCUGAAUGAAUUUGAUACAUCUUCACAUGUUCAAACUCAAGAGUAUAGGGAAAAAACUUCUACAGAAGCUGAGAAUAGUUUGCAACUAGAGAAAGAUGAUAUAAGUGUCUCUACCGAAGCUCAAGAGAUCAUUGACACUGAGCAGAGGAAGGAGGGCAAAGUUGAACUUAUUGUGUACAAGUGA